AUCCACUUAAAUAUUUUGGAAACAUGAAAAAUAAACAAGUAUUUCUCUAAAUUACGAGACAAAUAUGAGCAAUGUGUCCUAUACCAUUUCUUGGGAGUUUUCAAAAAGUCUCCUGCAGCUGGACACAUCUAUCCAGACGCUGCCUUUCAGUAUGGUCCCCCUUGGCUGAAGCUUUCAAUACUCGUCCCACUCAAAAGUUCAACUACCGCAAGAACGACGUGGGCCUCUUCGGUAUUCCAGAACUUAAUAGACCAGAGGGAUUCAGGCAACUCCAAGAGACAUGCAUCAACACAACAGCAUCUCUCAUAGAACAAGCACUGAGUCCUUCAAGAGAGAAAAAAAUGGUUGAAAUAUUUGAUGAGAUGUCUGACACCCUUUGCCAGGUUGCAGAUUUAGCAGAGUUUAUCAGACUAGCUCAUCCUGAAGAAAAGCAUGCCAAGGCAGCUGAAGAGGCUUGUUGUACAGUGAGUGGUAUAGUUGAGAAUCUUAAUACAAAUCUAAGAUUGUACAAGGUACUGAAGGAUGCAGUUACUAGAGAAGAUGUUGUGAAGAACAGUGCUGUUGAUAAACAUGUAGGGGAGUUAUUUCUCAUAGACUUUGAGCAAAGUGGAAUACAUUUAAAAAAUGAAUCUGAUAGGGAAAAAGUAGUGGAAUUGACUAAUGCAAUACUCAACUAUGGUCAGCAGUUUGUUGGGGGAGCAUCUACACCAAGAAUGGUCAAAAAAUCAUUGCUACCAGGUAGCCUGAGAAAUGUACUGGCAAGUGAGGAAGACACAAUUCUAGUUUCAGGUUUAUACACUGAUUCAGCUGAUCCAGUAGCCAGAGAAAUGGCUUUUAAAAUUUUUUUGCACCCAGAUCCUCACCAAGACAUGUUGCUAAAUAAAAUGCUGGAAGCUAGAUAUGAGCUUGCAAAAAUAUGUGGUUUCCCUACUUAUGCUAGUAGAGCCUUGAGAGGCUCCAUAAUAGACAGCCCUGAUCAAGUGAUGAUUUUCUUAAAGAAACUAUCCCAAAAUAUUUGGGACAAAGCAAAAAUUGAUUUUGAUCUCAUGAACAAUAUGAAAUUACUUGAGAACCCAUUGAGCAGUGGAGUGCAAUCAUGGGAUAUACCUUAUUAUACCCAGAAAGCCAAAAAAGAAUGGUUCAGGGUAUCAUCCAAAGAGUAUUCUCCAUAUUUUUCUUUAGGUGCAUGUAUGGAUGGCUUGAACAAUCUCUUCCAAUCCUUAUAUGGUAUUCAACUAGUCAAUUUUGAACUCUCUACAGGAGAAUGCUGGUCCCCUGAUGUAUACAAACUAUCUGUUGUUCAUGAAAAAGAAGGAUUGCUUGGCUACAUCUACUGUGACUUCUAUGAACGUACUGGAAAACCAAACCAAGACUGUCAUUUCACAAUCAGAGGGGGCCGAUCUUUAUCAGAAAAUAUUUACCAGCUACCAAUUGUAGUUGUCAUGCUCAACCUACCCACCCCAAGAUGGUCUAGCCCUUCUCUUCUGAGUCCCAGCAUGAUGGACAACUUAUUCCAUGAAAUAGGGCAUGCCAUGCAUUCCAUGCUUGCUAGAACCAAGUACCAACAUGUCAGUGGUACAAGGUGCAGUACAGACUUUGCAGAAGUACCGUCUGUCCUAAUGGAAUACUUUGCUUCUGACCACAGGGUGCUGAAACGUUUUGCAAGGCAUUUCCAGACUCAGCAACCAAUGUCUGAUGAGAUGGUCCAAAGACUGUGUGGGGCCAAAAGACUGUUCACAGCAUGUGAAACACAGCUGCAGCUGUUCUAUGCAGUGAUUGAUCAGAAAUACCAUGGUGCUCAUCCAUUGAAAGGAAGCACAACUGAUGUGCUAGUAGAGGCUCAGAAAGACUUCUAUGGGCUACCUUAUGUGCCCAAUACUGCCUGGCAGUUGCGUUUUAGUCACUUGGUAGGGUAUGGAGCAAAAUACUAUUCAUACUUAGUAUCUAGGGCUCUGGCACAUUCCAUUUGGAAAUCAUACUUUGAGAAGGACCCUUUCAGUAGGGAGAGUGGGGAAAGGUAUAGGAUGGAGUGCUUGAGUCAUGGUGGUGGAAAGAAUCCAAGGGAUUUGGUGAGGGAUUUUUUGGGGGUGGAUCCCACACCUGAUAUUCUAGCUGAUUAUUUGAUUAAUGAGAUUGACUAUCAUCAAAGUCAAGUGGAUCUUGUGAUGAAAAAUAGGACUUGAAUAAUCAGUUUUCAACUAUUCAUUAUUUUUUAUAAUCAUUUGAAGUGGAACUUGUAAAUUAGGAAAGCCCACAAAUCAUUAAAUAUUUAUUGUGUUUAGU